AUUGCCAACAGGGCCUAUAGUAGGAGAGAUCGAUCCGGAAUAGACUCCAUCGAUCUUUCCUCGUGCAACAACAGGAGCAGCAGCUCAUCGAAUCGCCUGUGGUCUGUGCGGGACAUUUGGGCGUCCAUCUCCAGGAAAUUCAACGUCGCGAGAUCAAAUUCCGGUGGCCUGAUUCGAUGAUGGAUCAUCAUGGACCAACGGUCAGACUGCCGACCAAGAUCCCGAGGCUGCUGCUGGUCCACCUUUUUGUAGCUGCGCUCCUCACGGUCGAAUCGUCGUCGUCAUCGUUGUCAUCGGCGCUGCUCCUCAUCCCGGCAGAUUCACAGCGUCCAGCGCCGAUUUCUUCACGGCCGCCGUCACCCGACGAGGCGGCCGCCAACAGCAUCGACACCUCCGACGAUGAAUCCGUCAGAUUGGAGAAGGUGUCGGUGUUGAGCGGCCGGACGGCCGAGUUGCCGUGUGACAUUUCCCCACCGCCACUCGAUUCCCUUUACCUCGUCCUGUGGUACAAGAACAACUCGGAUUUCCCCAUAUACAAGUACGACGCCCGUCGUUCUCGGGAGAGUUACCGCCAACAACAGACGCAACACGACAGUCAGAUGCUUUUUCUGCAACAACAACAGGAACAACAAGGACGUCAGCAGCAGCAACAACAACAAACGUCGUCAAUUGCCUCAACUGCCAGUCGAGUUCAUUUCCAAUUCGACAGUCACCCGGAGGCUCUUUUAUUAUUGAAUAAUGUCGGCGAUCACGACGAGGGAAUUUACCGGUGCCGAGUGGAUUUUGGCCGGUCGCCAACUCGCAACGUCCUCGUCCAACUCACCGUCGUCGUGCCGCCGGGAAAGAUCCGCAUCAUCGAGGACAAUCGCCAAGUCUCGUCCGUCAUCGGCCCUUACGACGAAGGGGCUCAACUUUCGCUCAAUUGCAUCGUCACUGGAGGUCGACCACGUCCGGAAGUGAGUUGGUGGUUGGACAACAAAUUGGUAGAUCACACGUACAUUGGCACGUCGGAGAAUGUCGUCCAGAAUGUCCUGGUGAUUCCGCAACUUCAGCGCCACCACCUGCACGCCAUUUUACGGUGUCAGGCGUCCAACUACUUUGGCGUCCGCAACAACACGCCGACCUACACGCCGUACCCGACCAUCGCCCCUUACGGACAACAACCUCCGCAUCACAGCCGACAACAACAACAGCAGCAGCAGCAGAGCACGAUCGUCUCCAGCGUUCAACUCGAUCUCAAUCUGAGGCCGGUGUGGGUGGCCAUCAGUGGAACAGAGAAGCCGCUUUCAGCCGGAAAAUCCUACACGAUCGAAUGCGCCACUGGUGGAUCCCGUCCGUCGGCCAACAUUCACUGGUACCUGCACUCGAUCCAGCAACAAGCCGCAACGGAACGGGUGACGAUGGAUGGGCGCAACACGACGAGCACAUUGAAGUUGAUUCCGUCGGCCAAGGAUCACGACGCCGAAUUGAUCUGCUCCGCCUUCAAUCCGGUAAUGAUUCCGGCCUCCGGUCGCAACGUCAGCAGCAGAGGCGACAACGAGGAAAAUCAUUUGGCGGCCAGGACUUUGUCGUUCCCGUCGUCGGUGGAAACUCGACGAAAACUUGUCGUCCAUUUUGCUCCGACGGCGGAACUGGAACUGGGCCGCAACUUGAAACCGGAUUCAAUUGUCGAGGGCAACGACGUCUAUUUCGAGUGUCGCAUUCGCUGCAAUCCACCGCCGCACCGGAUCCUGUGGACUCACGAGGGUCAAAAUGUACGUGAAAAUUCAUCCGCCGGGGUCCUCAUGGUGGAGCAAAGUUUAGUCAUCCGGCGUGUCUCUCGUUUGCAUUCCGGCCGCUACUCCUGCACGGCCAUCAACACCGAAGGCACCGGACUCAGCAACACCGUCCAACUUCGCGUCAUGUAUCAGCCGAUUUGCCGGCCCAAUCAGAAAUUUCUCUACGGGGUGGCCAAACAGGAGACGGCCGUCGUCCGAUGCCAAACUGACGCCAUUCCGCCGGCGAAUUCGCACCGAUGGGCGUUUAACACGUCGUCGUCGUCCGAGAUGACCGAACUGACCGUCAAUCCGACACUUAUGACGCAACUGAUCAACACCCACACCGAGGUGGAAGGUGCUGGCGAGGUGGUGCAGCAGGGCAGCGUCUUCUCCUAUUCGCCGCAAUCGGACCGGGACUACGGGAGUCUCCUCUGCUGGGCCCGCAACGACAUUGGCGAACAGCGCGAUCCUUGCGUCUACCGCAUCUUCCUCGGAGUGCGACCCGAUCCACCGACCAACUGCUCGGUCGUCAACCAAACGGCCGACGCCAUCGAAGUUUGGUGUCGGCCGGGAUUCGACGGCGGCCAGUCGCAACAAUUUCAGUUCGAAAUCUUCGACACGCAAUCGGCCGUUCUCCUCUACAACAAAUCCGGACGCUAUCCGCAUCUGCGGGUCGGCAACUUGGAGUCCGGCCUCAAACUUUUCAUCCAAGUCUCGGCGUUCAAUCCGCGCGGCAGGUCCGCCCUCGUCCCGUUGGAGGCGUACACCAUCAAAAUCGCCGACAAACAAACAGUCAUAAUGGAAACGACGGAUCUGGGAUCGGUCCUGGGCAUCGCCAGCGGCGUCUCCGCCUCGGUCUUGAUGAUUUGCAUCGCCAUCGGUUUGACGGCCAGAUUUCGCCAUCAACAAACUCAUCAAAACCAUCCGACCCGUCAACAUCCGCACGGCAGCAACAACAUCCGGGAAGGCAAAACCGCCGUGAAAUCGACCAGUCAUCACCAUCAAAACGACCCGGACAUGAAUCCCGACAUUCUCAUCAACGGCAAUUCCGCGCAGGAACAGCAACUGGCGCAUCAACAAGAAUUAUCAACACAAUGGAAUCACCGGAAUACCAAUUCCGCAGUGGGCCAGCAGCCACGGAUGAACACCGUCCGCACCUUCUCGUCUAAUAAUGGCCAUCAUCAUCCAUCGCCUCAUUACAUUUCGUCGGCGGCUGUUGGUGCCAACGCCAUCGAGGUCGUCACCAUCAAAACGCCGCACCGACAGAAUGAAAUUCCUGAAACUUCCAUUUGACUUCCGUUGGAAGUACUAUGAGGCGCGAAGCGGAUGUCGGGUAUAGACAAAAUAUUGACCAAUUCUAAUCUCUCAAUUGAAAAAUCGUCUCCUUUUCCUUCAAUAUCACAUGCUCCAAACAUGAUACGUUUUCAUUUAUUGCCUGUACAUAUUUACGUGUGUUUCUCAAAGAUUUCAAAUGGCAUUCGAACUAUUUAUAUUGCCCUUACUCUGUGAACUGUGAUGGUUAAUCUUAUGAUUGAUAUAAUAGGAUAAGAUUGCUCGAAAGAUUCAUGUAUCUCAUCUCAUAUUAUAUACUACUCCGGAUGGAACACUAAAUAAGUCGUGUAUGUUUUCUUGAUGUCAUUCAAAUGGCCAAAUUGAUUUACAUAUUUUUUCUUUUCCUGUUCGCUAUUACAAAAUUACAUGACCGGCAUAUGAAUAUGCAGAAUAAUAAAAUCGGCUUUCAAUGGCA